GAUGCCGCAGCUGCGCAAGGCUGGUCUGCAUGGGACCUGGAGCAACUCGCGGGGCAGUGUGGGGUGGCAGUCAAACUCAGCGUUGCGCGUCAGAAGGAGACGACGACUCUGGACGCGGUCUUCAUCAAGGGAUCCCUCGACGGUGCUGACAGUGGCACCUGUAUUGCAUUCAAGACCGUCGAGUAUGACGAUGGGUCUGUCUCUCCGUUUGCCACAUCGAGGCUGCAAGAGCUGGUUUUCAGGACGCAUCUGGAGAACAAUCUUCUUGAACGCCUGAGGGAGGUGCUGCCGUCCUAUAUGGUCCCCGACCAGCUCUUGUCUGUGGAUGCUCUUCCGCUCCAGACAAGUGGGAAGCUGGAUCGGAGACAACUGGCAGCGAUGGCAGCGAAAGACGGCAGCCGCGAUGCUCAUAGAGCCGCCGAGGACGAUCAGAAUAUUUUACCCGCGGACGAAGUGGAAGUUCGACUUUUCACCCCUGGCGAAUUCUUCCAAAUUGGAGGACACUCGCUGCUUGCGACUCGACUCAAGUCUGCGCUCGAAUCGGAGUUCCACGUUGUUGUUCCACUCAGGACGAUGUUUGCCCGUUCCACCCCUAGAAAGCUUGCGGCUAGUAUCCGCGAGGGCCUCACUUCCGCGCCAUUCGACCAGCACAUCGCGACUCUGGUCCUCUCGAAACUCGCAUAUUUCGGAUCACAGAACAUCUGCUAUAAUACCCCCUACAUCCUGGAACUAAAAGGCCCUCUGAACAUCGUCGCUCUCGAGCGCACUAUCCAGGAGAUCGUCUCUCGUCACGAAAUUCUCCGCACUAUUUUCGUCGAGGUGAACUAUGCACCGGCUACUCGGGUCGUCGAUUUCUGUCCCCAUCUUGAGAUCAUACCUGUGGACCCCGAUACCGACGAACGAACCAUGCGCGCACUCAUGGAGGACUGUAUCCGUCGCCCGUUCGCUCUCGAUCGCGAGCCAUCGGUCCGCACAACCCUGUUCCAACUCUCUGAGAACCACUUCCACCUGCUCCUAUGCAUGCACCACAUUAUCGUCGACGGCUUUUCGUUCGACGUCAUUCGCCAGGAGCUGGCGGAGAUCUACGUCGCCUUCGAGGCCGGUAAGGACCACGAGGUCCCUCCACUUCACAUUCAGUACAAGGAAUUUGCACAGUGGCAACGGUCGGAAGACUUCGAGCGUAUGGUGCAGCCUCAGCUCGAGUAUUGGACGAAAUACCUCAAAGGCAACCAGGCGGCAGAACUGCCAACGGACUUCCCACGACCCCAACAUCUCAACUACGAGGGGAAGGCAUACAUUGCUGAAUUCCCCCCGGAGCUUUUCACUCGGCUGGGACAGGUAUGCAGGCAGGAACGCGUGACGAUGUUCAUGCUCCUGUCGGCCGCCUUCCGCAUGGUUCAGUUCCAGCUCACCGGUCAGACAGACGCCUCCUUCGCCUUCCCCAUCGCCAAUCGCAAUCAAGCCGAGACCGAGAGGCUCGUCGGGUUGUUCGUCAACACGCAAAUUCUCCGGCUGAAAGUGCGUCCUGGGAUGACGUUUCUGGAGCUGAUUCAACAAGUGCAAGACCUGCCGAUGGCGGCGUUCGAAUAUCAGGACCUGCCCUUCGAGCGGAUCAUUAUCCUCGCUUACCAGACUGUGAAGACUGCGCCAUUCAAUAUAGGAGACGUCCAUGCUUCCAAUCCGCGAAUUAAUAUGGAUACGACGAGGUUCGACAUGGAGAUCCAUUUCUUCCCCAAGGGCGACGGCCUGGCUGGCCAGUUCGUGUACUGCACCGAUUUAUUCAAGGAGGAGACCAUCGUUGACUUGACGGAGCGGUUGCAAAAGGUUUUGGAACAGGCCGUCGACAAUGUACGCUUCGCUAUCAAUCCGCCGCGGUCCUCUUCGACGCUUCGCCAGCCGACUCCAUCUGACGUAGCAGCGUACCUGCGCGACUAUGUCCCUUGCGAGUUCCCUCUCGACAUGCCCAGGUGUUCGGACAAUGCAUCUCCACAGCGAGGGACGCAUUCCUUCGUCUUGCCACCAACCGUCCGCGAUACGCUUCGGGCCUCGUCGAUAGGCGGGGAGGAGCUUCUCACGCUGUACCUCACUGCACUCUCCGUGCUGAACCACCGGUACACUCGCCAAGAGGAUAUCACGAUCGGGCUUGCGACGAGCAAGUCACUGGAUAUCACUCCCGCUCGGCUUACCGUUUAUCGCGAUGCUGCACUCUCAGCUGCUCGCGACAAUGCGCAGACUUCGGUAGAGAAGGCAUCCGAGUUCUCUGCCGUAUCUAUCAAGGAUAUAUCCACCGCUGUACGGAGACGACAGAAGUCGUUGACGUCUGCCAUUUACGUCGUGCUCUCCCACAAGUCAAGCAAUGCGUCUUCAAGGGAGCUAGGCUUGCUAGUCGACCUUGAGCUCCGCUAUGGAGAGGUCAACGAGCCUGAUUACCAACUCAUCUACGACCAGUCUCUCUUCUGGCUCAAUACCAUCGAAGUGUUCUGCGAGAACUUUGUGGACAUUCUCGAGACCAUUCUUCUCCGUCCUGACACGGUGGUCGAGGAGAUUCCAUUCCAGAAUUCGGCGAAGCACUUGAAACGAUUUGGUGUCCCGCUCGCCCUGCCUCCGCCGAUAUGCCCCCUCGUCGAUGCUCUCAAGAAGUCUGUGGAUGCGUACCCCGACAUGCUGGCCCUCCAGGAGAGAGAAUUCUUGCUGACAUAUAGCCAACUGAACACGGCCACGUCCUUGCUGGCACAGAAGAUCGUACAGGUAUCAGGAGACGCGUGCGAGUUCGUCGCAAUGUGCAUCCCCCCGUCAGCCCUCGCUGUCAUAUCCAUCCUCGCCAUCGUCAAGGCCGGAGCCGCAUAUGUGCCCUUGGACGUCCGCUACCCUCCAGAGCGUCUCGAGAUGCUAUUGCGCGAGAGUGGUGCAGGUCUAUUGAUCACGACCUCGCAGUCGCCAGACUUUGCCGGCGACGCGGAGGGUAUCACUCGCCUCGACAUCUUCAACUUCCUCGCCGAGAUCGACCUCGCCUCCUCCGUCAACUUCGUCUGCGCUCCUCGCACGGAUGCUGCCUAUGUCAUGUACACAUCUGGCAGCACUGGUGUGCCGAAGGGGAUGGUCAUCAUGCAGUCCGCAGUGGUCGCACUGGUCUCGAACACGGAUGUCUUCCCGUUCCAGCCUGGCGACAGGAUCGGGAUGAUCAACAACCUCGCAUGGGACGCCAGCUGCUUCAUGUCCGUUGCACUAUUCCGCCAAGCCCUCGAUCUCGCACCCCAGCUUUUCCGCAAGCUCCGCAUUCUGCAGAUCGGCGGAGAGGCGUCUUACUACGAGAAUCCCCAAAGUGUGAAAUCUGUUAACCCGUCGAUCCGCAUCCUCAACGCCUACGACCCCACGGAGACUUGUGUCUUCGCCGCCACGUUCUGGACUGACGUUGCCAACAUGCCCACGUCUGGAUCAGUUCCCAUUGGCUUACCAAUGUCAACCGCUCAAGUUCUCAUUGUCGACACACAGGGUCGGCUUGUGCCCCCGGGCGUGGUCGGUGAGCUGGUGGUCGGUGAGCUGGUGAUUGGCGGUGCUGGUGUCGGUCCGGGGUAUCUGAGGCGGCCGAAGGAGUCGGCCGAGGCCUUCGUCGAGCUUGGGUUCGAUGAACUCAACCCAGGUGUGGCUUGGUAUUACCGCACGGGUGACGCUAUGAGAUGGGGCCCGGAUGGACAGUUGCAUUUCGUCGGGAGGAUGAACGCUGGCCAGAUCAAGAUCCGCGGACAGCGGCUGGAGCUCUCGGAGAUCGAAGUGGCCAUUCGCCAAACCGACUUGGCCAACGAUGCCGUCGUCGUCCAUCUCAAGUCCCACAAAGGCAAAGACGAUCUGCUCAUUGCAUACACUGUCGCUGCUGCACCAACAUCGGCCUCGCAAUCUCAUUCCCUCUCACCACGACUCCUCGAGUCGCUGCGCAAGAGUCUUCCGUCGUAUAUGAUUCCCCAUCUCGUGCGCUGGAUCCCGACUCUUCCUCUGACGCCUAACGGCAAGGCGGACCGCCAUCAGCUCCGAGCCCGUGCUGCGACCGACGUCGAUAGCAUGCUGAACGAUGACGCAGAGGAAGACGGAUCAGGCGAGCCUGAAGAUGAGGUCGAGAAACGGCUCUGUAGGAUCAUGGAAGCCCUUCUCGGUUGCACAUCUAUUCGUCGAUCCACGAACUUCUUCGAUGCGGGCGGCCAUUCGCUCCUUGCCUCCCGUUUGGUCUUCCGAAUGCAAGAAGCUUUCGACAUCCCGUUCGCUCUAAUGGACGUGUUCCACUCGCCCGUAGUCAAGGCAAUGGCGGGCAAGAUCAGGCAGGCGAUCGCCGCUAGGCCAGUUGAUCAAAUAUCGACGACACCUCCGACGCUUGCCCCGGUAUACGAGGAGUUCCACGUACCCCCUGUGCUCGUCUUUUCUGAGGAGCCUCGCAAGCCAUUCUUGUUCUGCGUUCCCAUGGCCACUGGUCUCGGCCACACGUUCGCUGCGCUGUCUCGCUCCACCGACUUGUUCAACGUCAUAGCUCUCAACGACCCUGGGUAUGUCGCACCCGACGACUUCCCUCAAGACCAGGUGUCGACAGGUCACGCCAACACCUUGCGCAAUCCGGGCAUGCACACCGUCGAGAACCACGCCAAGUACUACUAUGCGCGUAUUGUCGAGGAGCUGGCCCGCAUCGGUACUACCAAGCCCGGCGCCGCACCGUUUAACAUCUUAGGCUACUCCUACGGUGGACACGUCGCAGUCGAGGUGGCGCGCCUCGCGCAGGACGAGGGCUGGACCAUCAACCUCUUCGUGCUUGACACGUCGGUGCACCCGGUGCAUGAGGCCAAGCUGUCGCAGACGCAGAUUGAAGAGGCCGCGCAUGUUGUCCUACCGACUGUGAUGAGCGUCGUCAAGCUGCCGCUCGGCAACAUGGGAGAGCAAGGUGCACGUCUGAAGCACGACAUCGAGGUCCGCACCCUCACCAACAUCCAUACGCUCCAUGCGCAUGUGAUGCCGCGGUACGAGGGGCAUGUCACGCUGUCCCGUACGGAGUCGAAUUCUGGCCACGGCUUCGUCCCGCUUGUUGGCUCGUUGGACGAGGUUCUCUUGCACGGGAACCACUACCACCUACUCGAAGAAGAAUCUGGGAAUCUGUCCGUGAUUAGUGCUAAAGUUUCUGCAGUCCUCAAUGCAUAGGUCUCGUCGUCUCUGGUCAGUUGUAACUGUUGUAAAUCUUGCUGUAUUGCACCGUUUCCGCUGUAUAAAUAACAUCGAGUUCAUCUUCG